GCCAACCAGCUCCCAUCCUGAACACUCAGUGAGGACAACACAGGACAAACACGACGAGGCAGAACCCGGACGCACAGUCAGGCCCGCCAAGGGCAGAACGGCCUGCAGAGCGGCCAGCGGUUCCUGCGAGAGGCCAGAGGUGGAAGGAAUGGACGCUGGGCUCCUGGACGCGGGGUUCCGGGAGCCGGUGGCCUUCGAGGACGUGGCCGUGGACUUCACGCGGGAGGAGUGGGGGCGGCUGACGCCCGCCCAGAGGGCCCUGCACCGCGAGGUGAUGCUGGAGACCUGGGGGCUCCUGGUCGCUGUGGACUUGGAAACGAAAUUGAAAACCGAACUGUCAGCUGCAAAGCAAGACGCCUCUGAGGAACUAUCCCGCCUUGUCCUGGCAGAAGGGUUCCCAGGGGACGGUCUGGGGAGCGCUCAGGGUGAAGACGCUGAGGGGCACCGGGAACACAGCCUUCAGAGCCUGGAUGGCCGUGGGGUGCAGGCGGCCUGCUCACCUGUGAGGACAUCUGUUCAGCGGCAGCAGCCCGGGAAUGGGUUUGGGGAAAACUUAACUCUGAGCCCUGAUCUCCCAAGUCAACCCGUGACUCCUGAAAGACGAGACUCUCAUGCAUGGAGAAUGCACAGAAAAAAGGAGAAUCCAUGCUCAAAACCGAACGCACAACAGAAAACCUACGCCAAAGAGAAAGCCUACAGGUGUCUGGAAUGUGGAAAGGCGUUUGCCCGCAGCUCUGCACUCACUGAACACCAGCGGACGCACACAGGAGAGAGACCUUACGGAUGUCGGGAAUGCGGGAAAGGCUUCCGGAACAGCUCGGCACUCGCCAAGCACCAGAGAAUCCACACUGGUGAGAGACCCUAUAGGUGCACGCAUUGUGGGAGGACCUUUAACCAAACCCCCCCGCUGAUCCAGCACCAGAGAACUCACACGGGCGAGAAGCCCUACGAGUGCAGCGAAUGUGGCAAGUCCUUCAGUUUUCGGUCCUCCUUCAGCCAACACGCACGGACCCACACGGGCGAGAAGCCUUACGAGUGCAGUGAGUGUGGGAAGGCCUUCAGGCAAAGUAUCCACCUGGCCCAGCACCUGCGGGUCCACACCGGGGAGAAGCCUUACGAGUGUCCUGAGUGCGGCAAGGCCUUCAGUCACGGCUCGUCCUUGACGAAGCACCAGAGAAUCCACACUGGAGAGAAGCCCUACGCGUGUCACGAGUGCGGGAAAGCCUUCACCCAGAGGACACCACUGGUUCAGCAUCAGAGGACGCAUACGGGAGAGAAGCCCUAUGAGUGUAGCGAGUGUGGAAAAGCCUUCAGCCAGAGCACACUCCUGACCGAGCAUCGGAGGAUCCACAGCGGGGAGAAGCCCUACGGGUGCAACGAGUGUGGAAAAACGUUCAGCCACAGCUCGUCACUCAGCCAGCACGAGCGGACACACACGGGAGAGAAGCCCUACGAGUGCAGUCAGUGUGGCAAGGCCUUCCGGCAGAGCACACACCUCAGUCAACAUCAGAGGAUCCACACAGGGGAGAAGCCCUAUGAGUGCAGUGACUGUGGCAGGGCCUUCACCCACAGCUCAUCUCUAACCCAGCACCAGCGGAUCCACACUGGGGAGAAGCCCUAUGAGUGUGAUGGGUGUGGCAGGGCCUUUAGCCAGCUCGCUCCACUCAUUCAGCAUCAGAGGAUCCACACGGGGGAGAAGCCCUAUGAGUGUCAUGAGUGUGGCAGAGCCUUCACGGCCCUCUCAUCUCUAACCCAGCACCAGCGAAUCCACACUGGGGAGAAGCCCUAUGAGUGCAGUGACUGCGGCAGGGCCUUCACCCACAGCUCAUCUCUAACCCAGCACCAGCUAAUCCACACCGGGGAGAAGCCCUAUGAGUGUAAUGCAUGUGGCAGAGCCUUUAGCCAGCUCGCUCCACUCAUUCAGCAUCAGAGGAUCCACACGGGGGGGAAGCCCUAUGAGUGUCAUGAGUGUGGCAGAGCCUUCAGUCAUAGCUCCCUCCUCACAGAACACCAGAGGGCCCACACCAAAGAAAAACCCUACACGUGCAACGAAUGUGGGAAGUCCUUCAGUCGCAGCUCAUCCCUCAGCCAGCACGCGAGGACACACACCGGGGAGAAGCCAUAUGAAUGCCCAGAUUGUGGGAAAUCCUUCAGGCAGAGCUCCCACCUCACUCGGCACCGGAGAAUCCACACGGGAGAAAAGCCAUACGAGUGCAAGGACUGUGGGAAGUCCUACACAGACAGCUCCUCCCUGACCAGGCACCAGAGAACUCAUACUGGGUCGAGGCACCUACAGGAACUGGGCCAUAGGAAGCCUUAAGCCAUUGUUCAUCCCUUCCUGGACUUGAGCCCGUUUCGUCUCAGGAGCAAUGGGACAUACACAGGCCUUCACACACGGGUCACUCCUCAGGUCAUCCUAACAGCAGGGAAAUGUGGAGGUGACCGAUGCGGAGGACCUGCGGCCAUGAGUACCCACUAACAUUACAGAAGAGAGAAGUGGGAAAUGUCGUGAGUUUGGACGUGACUUAGGUCCACACGUUCACAAGGUUCCAACUGGUGAAAACCCAACAAGUGCCUUUCAU